AUGUGUUUCCUGUUGCAGGACUGGCUUUACCUACAGUAUUAUACCUUUGCUGUCAUUUGCAUUGAAAACAGGAACCGAGGAUCGAUUUCCAAAACAAACUCAUUCCAGCUAUAAAGAGCAUGUUUCACCUCCUUCAGUUCCUACAUCACUUCCCACAUCAGUGUUUUACACGCACAACGUAUGCCACCUCUGAAGUGUGAUUUACUUUUCAGUAAUGACCCUGGCAGAAAGAUGGUUGCAACAGGCCUGACUUGUUUCCUCAUCGCUUCAUUGAUUUACUAUGUAAUGUCUGCUUGUCAUUCACCCACUGCAGGUAACAUCACUGCACAGGUGACGAACCUCUCCCCUGCAACCAGCUGUUUCACUAAUGUAAAUGUCACCUGUGAAACGAACCUGUCUCUGAACCUGAUCUAUGGCUUUGAGUGGCAGAAGGACCAGAAUAAUAUAGACAGCAACAAGCAGAACAUUUUAGUUCAGAAGAUCAAAAAAAAUGUGACACUCACCUGUACUGUUCUGAGUUCAUGUGGAAACGUCACCUCUUCAUCUUACAACAUAACAAGUUGCCCUGAAGAUAACAUCACCACCGUUCUGCUGAUCUGUGGAGCAGGAGCUAUUAUCGUCAUCUUCAUGUUUGCCAUCACCAUGAAGAUUAUGCUGAAGCGAGGAGAAGCUCAAAGGCAGGCCAGGAGGCAACAGAGACAGGUGAUGCAGAGCAAUGACAGCACUGCGACCGUCACAAGCUACUGGUGAGAGAGACAGAGAGUGUGCGAAUGGUAUUAUUUAAUUUGUUACAGAACAGCAUGUGAGGCCAAGAUAUAAUCAUUUUUCCUCUGUGGACACUGUUUUUCUGUUGAUCUGUUUUUCUUUGAAAAUAAUUUCUAAUUUUGCUUUACUUAAUGGCUAUGCAACAAAUCCUGAUGUUAUGGAUUUAUUUGUUUUUAAUUAAUUUUUUUUUCAUUUAAUUUUCAUUUUCAUUUAACAAACAAAUUUUA